AUGAGCGGACGUCUCCUGGCCGCAGGGCUUUCGCCAUUGACGCGACGCGCUCCAGUCCAGGCCGUUCGACACUUUCACCGGUUUCCCGCAGGCGGGCUUCAGCGAGCAGAUGCAGCUGUGCGUGCUACGCAACGGCGCAUGUGGUUUCCUGGCAACGCCUUCCACAAUGCCGUCGUCGUGCGGAAUGCGUCUUUUGCCCGCUUCCUACCGAAGUUGGUUAUCAAGUUUGCUAGAAUCCCCGCAAUGUUCGGUGGCCUAGCUGUCGGAACACUCGCCUGGAUUCAGUAUCAAGCCAACCAGCUCACCACCAACGCCUGGGAUAUGGUCAGCAAAACAGCAGAUGGUAUUUCGGAAACGACGUCUAGUCUCUUUGGAGGUGCCAAAGGAAUUAUGGAUCAAACGAUGCGCGGUUGGGAAAACACAAAAGAACAAAUCGAAACCCCCGAAUGGCUUCAAAAGGUGUUGCGUAUCCAUGAAGACAUUGGCACUGGUGGCGGCGGCUCAGGAGGACCUGGAGGGGAGCAACCCAAGCAGAGCAGAGCCGGGGCGGCUGUUGUUGCAGGAGGCUCGGCUGCUGCGUACGGCUACGAUCAAUCUUCAGAAGACGACCCGCGAGAACCCGAUGAGGUGGCCAAUGACGACCAGAUGAUGAUCCUCACCAAGAAGAUGAUCGAGAUUCGGAGCAUGCUCCAGCAAGUUGGACAAUCGAGCACUCUGACGCUCCCCUCAAUUGUUGUCAUCGGUUCGCAGUCCUCAGGAAAGAGCUCCGUCUUAGAAGCCCUCGUUGGCCACGAGUUCCUGCCCAAGGGAAGCAACAUGGUUACUCGCCGGCCCAUAGAACUGACCCUCGUCAAUACGCCUGAGUCGGACGCAGAAUAUGGCGAAUUCCCCGACCUGGGUCUGCGACGCAUCACCGACUUUUCCUCGAUCCAAAGGACCUUGACUGAGCUUAACCUAGCCGUGCCGGAUACUCAGUGCGUAUCUGAUGAUCCCAUUCAUCUUACCAUUUACUCGCCAAAUGUACCGGAUCUGUCUCUGAUCGAUCUACCCGGAUAUAUCCAGGUGGUUGGCCAAGGCCAGCCUCUGGAAUUGAAGCAGAAGAUAUCAGAGCUAUGCGACAAGUACAUUCAGUCUCCUAAUGUCAUUCUGGCCAUCUCCGCCGCAGAUGUAGAUCUCGCAAACUCGACCGCACUACGUGCAAGCCGCCGUGUGGAUCCCAGAGGCGAGAGGACUAUCGGCGUGGUUACCAAGAUGGACUUGGUGGACGCUCCUCGCGGUGCUGCCAUCCUGAGCGACAAGCAGUAUCCCUUGAGGCUUGGCUACGUAGGUGUUGUCUCCAAAGUUCCUCAAACGACCGGUCUCUUCAAGAGAUCGGGUAGCGUAAUGUCGGCGAUCGCAAAGAACGAGAACACUUUCUUCUCCGCCCACCCGCUGGAGUUUGGUGAGGGUGCUGGUGUCAACGUUGGGACGAUUAACCUACGUAAGAAGCUCAUGACCGUCCUCGAACAAACGAUGUCUGCUAGCCUGGCCACUACUAGCGACGCCAUCAGACAGGAGCUCGAGGAAGCGACCUAUGAGUUCAAGGUGCAAUACAAUGACCGCCCGCUAUCUGCCGAAUCAUACUUGGCAGAAAGUCUUGAUGGCUUCAAACACUCCUUUAAGCAAUUUACCGAGGAGUUUGGACGCCCGCAAAUGCACCAGUUGCUGAAGCAGGAGCUGGACCAGAAGGUUCUUGACCUUCUGGCCGCCCGGUACUGGAACAAGCCCAUCCAGGACUUGUCCCCUGCGAUGCCAGAGCCGGACAGCUUGGCUGAUCUUCCCAAAGCUGACCCCAACUCUUUGUACUGGCAUCGCCAGCUCGACGCGUCGACUUCUUCAUUGACGAAACUUGGUGUUGGAAGAUUGGCCACAACCGUGGUUGCGUCUGCUAUUCAGGCUCACAUUGACAGUCUGAUCAAACACUCCACUUUCAGCAGCCAUCCCUUUGCACGAGAGGCCAUUAACGAAGCCGCGUCCACAAUUCUGAAUGAGCGGUUUUACAGCACGAGCGAUCAAGUUGAGAACUGUAUCAAGCCUUACAAGUUUGAGAUUGAUAUUGACGAGAGAGAAUGGAUCCAGGGCCGGGAUCAUUCGGCCGUUGUCCUGAAGAAGGAGCUCCAGGACUGCGAGGGCGCGCUGAAGAGCAUUGAAGAUGUUGUGGGCGGUCGACGAAAGCUGAGAGAAGUGAUGAACUUUGUCGAUCGAGCACGAAAGGGGGAUGUUGUCGUCGAAGGGGAAAGCCGCAGUGGUGCCGGAGGCUUCAGCGCGUCGCUGCUUAAAAGAGGACGUGAGGCUGUUUUCCUCAGGGAUCGCGCCGAUAUCAUCAAGAUGCGUCUGAUGGCUGUCAAGUCGAAGCAAUGCACCAGCCUCAAGAACAAGUACUACUGCCCAGAGGUUUUCCUUGAUGCGGCAGCCACCAAGCUCGCGUCUACAGCUGUUCUGUUUCUCAAUGUGGAGCUCCUAUCGGAAUUCUACUACAAUUUCCCCAGAGAAUUAGACCUCCGGCUCGGAAGGCACCUCUCGGAAGAAGAUAUCGAGAGGUUUGCCAAGGAAGACCCUAAGAUCAAGAGGCACCUUGAAGUCAUCCGCCGCAAGGAUCUACUCGAGUUAGUCCUUGAGAAGAUGGAGAGUCUGAGGCAGCUCGAGGGCCGCGAGAGAGAACGGAUGAAGGGGAGCAACAACAGGCCCAACAAGGACGACAAGCAGCGUGGACGCUGGGGGCUGUUUUGA